AUGGAAACAAAUCAGUCUAAUUCUGAAAUGUUGGCUGCUAUCAUGAAGCAACUUCGUGAGCUACAAGGAGACUUGAGGAAACAUGAAGCUAGGAUGGAUGCCAUUCGCGAACUAUCCUUAAAGAUGGGAGAACGUGUUGGAGACUUGGAGAACACAGCAAGCUCCGGUGGGAAUCCUACCUAUCAAAAUUUUCAAGAAGAAGAUAGGAGUUUCAAAUUGGAACUUCCUGAAUUUGAUGGCUCAAGUUAUCCGGAAAACUUCUUAGAUUGGGUUCGAAGAAUGGAAAGUGUCUUUGAUUAUAAAGACUUUGAUGAUAGGAGGAGGUGUAAGAUGGCUGUCCUUAGAUUAACAAAGCUUGCUGGGCUUUGGUAUGACAAUCUAAAAGCCAAGAGACGAAGAGAAGAGAAAGAAAAGAUCGAGUCAUGGGAGAAACUCAAGAAGAAAAUGGAGAGGCAUUGGGUACCACGUGAGUAUGAGCAAGAUCAAUAUGUCAAGCUAACUCGACUAACUCAAGGCGAUCUCAGUGUUGAUGAGUAUGUUCGUGAAUUUGAGAGGCUAGGCUUGAUGUGUGACUUGCAAGAGAAGGAGCCCUCAAGAUUGCUCGUUUCACUAAAGGGCUGUCCAAACCCAUCUCUCACAAGGAAGAGUGAGUCUUCUUCUAGCUCUUCUAAACAACUUUCUUCUACUAAUCCUUCAAAGUUUCAAAGUGGAAAAUCUAGUUUUAAGCAAGAAGGAUUCAAAAGGACUUGUUACAAGUGCCAAGAACGUGGGCAUAUUGCUAGUGAAUGCCCAAAAAGGAAUAUUCUCACAAUUCACCCGAGUGAGGAGGAUUCUUACAGCUAUGAAUCUGAAAGUAACAAUGAAGAUGUUGAGGAGUAUGAUGCGGAGGAGAAUGACAACCCUCUUUGUGGAGUUAUUAGGAGAGUCUUACAUUCCGAACCUCUCAAAGACAUGCAGCAACGAGAGAACCUUUUCCAUACAAGGUGCAAGGUUCUUGAUAAGACAUGUGAUGUGAUUGUUGAUGGAGGAUCAUGCACGGAUGUGGCAUCCACAGAACUUGUCAGUAAGCUUAAGCUUCCUCUUCGAAAUCAUGCUAAGCCUUACAAAUUGAAUUGGUUGAAUAAUGAAACUGGUUUGAAGGUCAAGAAACAAGCUUUAGUUUCAUUUACAAUUGGCAAUUAUCAUGAUGAACGUUGGUGUGAUGUAUUGCCUAUGAGUGCAUGUCAUAUUUUGCUUGGUAGACCAUGGCAAUUUGAUAGAAAUGCUGUACAUGAUGGUGUUUCUAAUAUAUAUACGGUUACUACCACGGGUGGAAAAAAGAUUAGAUUGUUGCCUUUGCCUCCUAAGGUUGAACCUAUGGUGGAAAGGAGACCUAAUUUUCUGAUUUCGAGGAAAGAGUUCGAAAAAGAGUGUGCAAUGGAGGGAGGAGGGUUUGUACUUCUUGUUAAACCCAUUUCUAAUGUUGUUUCCUAUGCCACUAACUCUUUGUCUUUGAGUCAUUUGCUUGAAGAAUUUUCUGAUAUAUUUCCUAGUGAUUUACCGAAAGGACUGCCACCUUUUCGUGGGAUUGAGCAUGCAAUUGACUUAAUCCCGGGAGCCCCAUUGCCUAACAAAGCAGCCUAUCGGUGCAAUCCUGAGCAAGCUAAAGAGUUGCAAAGGCAAGUGGAAGAACUAAUGGAGAAAGGUUAUGUGCGUGAGAGUCCAUGUGCUGUUCCGGCUCUUUUAGUGCCUAAGAAAGAAGGAACAUGGAGAAUGUGUAUUGAUAGUCGUGCAAACAUAACUAUCAAAUAUAGAUUUCCUAUGCCUAGGCUCCAAGAUAUGUUUGAUGAAUUGAGUGGUGCCAGAAUUUUCAGCAAGAUUGAUUUGAGGAGUGGCUACCAUCAAAUGAGAAUUCGAGAAGGUGAUGAAUGGAAGACAGCUUUCAAAACGAAACAAGGGUUGUAUGAGUGGCUUGUCAUGCCAUUUGGACUUUGCAAUGCCCCUAGUUCGUUCAUGAGACUUAUGAAUGAGGUACUUCGACCUUUUCUCAAUAAGUUCAUUGUUGUAUACUUAGAUGAUAUUUUAGUAUAUAGCAAAUCUGAAAGUGAGCAUAUGUUGCAUUUGAGAGAUUUAUUUGAAAAAUUGAGAACUCACAAGUUGUAUGGAAAAAUGGAAAAAUGUACUUUCAUGUGUAAUAGUAUUUCUUUCCUAGGAUACAUUGUUUCUAGUGAAGGGAUACAGGUUGAUCCAGAGAAAGUGAAGGCCAUUUCCACAUGGUUAGUUCCAAGGGAUGUUCAUGAAGUUAGGAGCUUUCAUGGCAUUGUUUCUUUCUAUAGAAUCUUCAUCAAGAACUUCUCAACAACUACAGCCCCGAUGACGGAGUUAAUGAAGAAAGGAGAAUUCAAAUGGAGUGAAGCGGCCCAAAAAUCCUUUGAAGAAGUCAAAACAAAAUUAUGCAAUGCACCCAUCCUUGCUCUUCCAGAUUUUGACAAGCUUUUUGAAGUGGAAUGUGAUGCAAGCGGCGUGGGUAUUGGAGUUGUCCUUAUUCAAGAGAAGCGUCCAGUUUGCUACUUUAGUGAGAAACUAAGUGGAGCCAAGCUGAAUUAUUCCAACUAUGAUCGUGAGUUCUAUGCGAUUGUUAGAGCUUUAGAACAUUGGUCUCACUAUCUAAGGCCAAAACCUUUUGUUCUUCAUUCGGAUCAUGAGGCCUUGAAGUACAUACAUGGCCAACAAAAGCUGAAUCAUCGACAUGCCAAGUGGGUAGAGUUCCUGCAAUCUUUCACUUUCCAUUCGAAGUAUAAGGAGGGAAGGAACAAUGUUGUUGCGGAUGCUCUCUCAAGGAGACGUUACCUACUUGCUACUGUCCAUACUCAAGUUCUAGGCUUUGAACAUUUAAAAGGUUUAUAUGAGAAUGAUGAACACUUUGCUACUAUAUUUCAAAAGCCUACUCAGGAGUUCAUAGUUCAAGAUGGUUUCUUAUUUAAAGGGAACAAACUUUGUAUCCCUAAGUGUGGUGUUCGUGAGCUUUUGAUUAGGGAAGUCCAUGGAGGUGGAAUUGCUGGUCACUUUGGUGUUCACAAGACCAUGGACAUCAUGUGGUGGAUAGAUGUUCUACUUACCCGUCCCUGA